CUGGACCCUAAUUAUUUUUUCAAGGGAUAACAAUGUCGUACGGAUCGAAGAGAGGACGCAGAAGACGUACCAAACAGCUAAUAAUUCUCAGAGGUUUGCCUGGUACUGGCAAGUCAGAACUGGCGAGCGAACUUGUUGGAAACUCGGGGAUAAUAUGCAGCUCAGACGAUUAUUUCCGCGAGGGCGAUGGUGAAAUUGUUGACAUCAACCCCAGAGAGCUGCAAAAAGCACACAUGAUCAACCGUGAAAAAGCUCUAGAGGCUAUAGAAGACGGGUACGAUCCGGUCAUCAUUGAUAACACCAACAUGGCGUACUGGGAGAUGUAUCCCUAUGUGCUAAUGGGUUUUAAACGGGGCUACUUUGUUAGAUUUAUUGAGCUGCCAGGCAGAAACAUGACACCUCAAAUGGAUUUGGAGGACUUAUAUCGGCGAUGCAACGGCUACAUCCCGAUGCAAAAGCUGCGUCAUAUGCAGAACUCCUACGAAUAUGUAUGGAGCAUAUUCCCAAUCCUGGAUGACGACGUGUCUCUUGAAAGAUGGUCAAACCACCCGGAAAACAACUAUAAUAACUGGGGUGGAGCACACAGCAAAAGCAGAGAGGAGGUCAUCAGAGGCACCCGGACGGAGUCUUGA